AUUCUCUUCAUCUUUUAAAGAAAAAACGGUCCAAUUCAAAUGAUUUUGGGAGUUUUCAACGCUCGAUAGAUUUAAAUUUCCGCUCGCGUUCGGAUCAUAGACUGUCCGCGUUUUCACUACAAUCGUGAACAAAGCAGAUUGACGAACAAUAUGACAGAAACAGGAAAUCGAAUAAAAUUGGGAGUAACUGAUGACAAAUCUGUCUGCGCUGAAUAUUCAUUGUCUGGAAUUGAGGACAAGAGUUUUACGAACCGGCCGAACUUUAGCAAUCUUACAAGUAAGUCAUCUGUUUCUUUAUGCACAUUUGAUUUUAUCACCUUUACACGUAGUCUAAAAUUAUCAUGGCUCUACUGGUGCCUUUUUUCUUUGAUGCACAAUAAGUGUCUCCUAAGGGACUAUAAUCAAUGUGAGGCCAGCAUGUAGAUGCUCCUGUUGCACAGAUUAACUUAUUUAAUAUCCUUUUUCACUGUAACUCAGUUAAUGCUUGGUGCCGGAGCAAAAAGAACGUGACCAAAGGGUUUAAAUGAAAAUCGUAAUGGAAGUCGUACCUCUCCAUGGUUCUUCAGCAAACUUGUUUAAUGAAGGUUCAAUGAGUUCGUUAAGAUUAUAUUAAAUAAUUUAUUUAACUACUGCUUUGGCUCCUUGAAUAAAGACAGAACUUUCUGGGAGGUAUUACUGACGCCGCUGCUCCCACCGUGUUGUAAAUGUUUCCACGCAAAAAUUGAUUGCCUAGAUUUAUUAUGAAUUUAAUUGUGUAUUGAGUGAGUUCUAAUUUCGUUACAGUUAAAAUACAGAGUCAACGUUAUAAUUAGAAGUGGCAUGUAAUUGGGAGCGGCAUAGUUCUGCGAGCAGUGAUGUAUGAAAUUAGGUAUUUGCAGGGCGUUAAGCGCGCAGGAACUUAGCAGCGUGAUGGUCAAGAAAAGCCAUGUUUAUCACAGGCGACCCAAGCUCCAGCUGUGAGAUGAUCAUCUUGCGCAAUAACAGUCAUGGCGGAAUUAUAAGAGUUUAUAUGGGCAUAUUUACGACCGCCCUCAGGAAUAAAAAAAAUACGUCAAGUUCUCAAAAAAAUACCCCACCUUACUUCCACAGUGUAUCAUUUGUUAUCUGACCGCUUACUUUGAUGAAAAGAGCCCAUUUUAGCGAGUUGUUCAUUUCGAGGUUUUCAACGUACAUAAGGGCUUUUCUUAUGAACGUUGAAAACCUCGAAAUGGACAACUCGCUAAAAUGCGUCCUUUUCAUCAAAGUAAGCGGUCAGAUAACAAGCGUUACGCUGUAGAAGUAAGGUGAGGUAAAUUUUUUGAGAAUUUGACGUAUUAUUUUAUUCCUUAGGGCGGCCGUAAAUAUUCUCGUACAAACUCUUGUAAUUCCGCCAUGACUGUUAUUGCGCAAGAUGAUCAUCUCGCAGCUGGAGCUUGGGCCGCCUGUGUGUUUAUCAGGAAAUUAGUGCCCACAAUUCGUUGUAGAACGUGAGUGAAUCUUGAAUCCCACACGAAAUUACGUAUCUGGGUGUGGAUUUCUUCAGCUAAUAAAUGCAACAUUUUUGUAACCCUAGUAUUAGAUUGUAAAAGAGUACAUAGAUCGCAGAACGGAACGUGUGAUGCUGAAUUGUCGUCAAUAAAGCCUGAAUCAAGAGAAAGUACAGAGUCCAAGAUUACUGAACCAGCGUGUGCGGAAUUCUCAGUAACGCAAGUGGGAAAUUCUGCAAAACACAGCAAACUCUGAAAUGAAAAUAUGAUCUAAAAAUAUAACAAUAAUAAUAAUCAUUAUAAUAAUAGAGAUGAUAUUUUUGGGCUAAUUUUGGACGUGACAGCGACAAAACCGGAUUUUCUGCUUCUUGGUUUUGUUUGGGCAAACGAUUAGUCCUGUCAAACUCUGAGCAGGACUGCAAUGUAGUAUUUAAAUUCCUUGUAUUUUAUUUUAUUUUAUGCCUAUCUUAGUAUCUAGUUGUUUUUUUGUGGUUUCUGGUUCAGUUUCUACACUAUGUUUUCACUGAACGUGUUUUCGAUGAUCUGACAUGUAGCAUCAGUAGUUCAUGUUACCUUCAGCAACAUGCAAUGUUUUACUCACUUGACCAUUAGAUCUUAUUAGCGUUCGUUUCAUUGUUUUAUUUGUUUUUUUGAGGAUAAACUCUGUUGUCACUUGUAGCCAUUUUGGUAUUUAAUUUGCAAUUUUUUUGAUGUAAUGAUUGGAAUGUUACUUGUGUGUUACAAAUAAGCACAGUUACUUGCUUCCAAUUUUCAUUUUUCCUUCAACAACAAGAGGGUUUCCGUAGGGUGAUGGCUUUUACUCGCGUUGUGACAGCUAUCAAAAUUUUUUCCGUUUACUGAGUGGAAAAUUAGUGAGAUAAAGAUUGCAUUUUUUUCUCGAUUACCACUUAGAUCUUGGCAUACGGUUUGAAGUUUUGCGGUUCAAGUUUGAAAGUAUAGAGUGCUGUUUCGCGGUGAGUGAUUUGCGAUAAAGUUUUUUACAUACUUUUAGAAUCUAAACUCACGCCUUUUUUUUUUUAAAUUCUGCUUCUCGGUAUUAUUUGGAAUCCCUUUUAGACAUUUAUGUUUUGAUGAAUAACAACAGAGUAAAAAGAUUUUUCUUUGCGUUUUUUUCUAUAUUUUUGUUAAGAAAUGAUAUAUUUUUCCCUAAAAACUCCAUGAUUAUUCCUGAUAUCUUUACAUGUGCCCUAUUGUAUUGUAAACAAGGCAAGUCCGUGCACGCUUAAUUUUAUCAAAUCUCAAAUCGCUCGGAAAAUGAACAAGACGUUUUUUCAGCUGCUUGCCGCAAUAAGGCAGAUAAAGUAAGGCAAACUUUAUUUAAAACCAAAUUAUCGUAAGACACAGUGAUGACGUGAAUUGUAUUUUAGAAGCAAACGGAUAUGGUUCCAGUUCUGCUUCAACCGCAUUUUAUCUGACUCUGCUUGCUUUGCUUUGCUUCCCUAAAAACUCCAUUAUUAUUCCUGAUAUCUUUACAUGUGCCCUAUUGUAUUGUAAACAAGGCAAGUCCGUGUACGCUUAACUUAUCAAAUCUCAAAUCGCACGGAAAAAUGAACAAGAGUUUUGUCAGCUGCUUGCCGCAAUAAGGCAGAGAAAGUAAGGCAAACUUUAAUUAAAACCAAAUUAUCGUAAGACACAGUGAUGACGUGAUCAGAAGCAAACGGAUAUGGUUCCAGUUCCGCUUCAACCACAUUUUAUCUGACUUUGCUUAAACUCGUCGAAAAAAAAAUUCCACUAUAGUUAGAGCGGCUUUUCAGUAGCUUAUCGUUCAAGGUGUUAAGGUCAAAAGCGUAAAUACUGGGUAAGUUUUCAUGUCUUUUCGUUUUGUACUCUAAUAACUAUUGUGUUCUCUGCGAAGAAGAAUUUUUGUCUUCUUCUUACGCUUGACGGUCAUGUAGUUAUGCAAAUUUCUUCUGAAAGGUCCGCAUUGAAGAUGAUGAAAUGGUUUCGCUCCUUUAUUUGAGUGGUAGCUACUCCUAGCUACUUAUGCGUUGCUUUUUAAAUUUUCAUAUUUAGAUAAUCAGAUUUAUUUUCGACAGAGACAUUUCUUCUAAAUUAUGACUAAAACGAUUUUAAUUUGUGUGAUAAAUCGUUGAUGACACCGUAAUCAAAUAUGCAAGAUGAGAAUAAACUAAGUUAAGAUAAAGCUCACCGAACGAUGGUAAAGGUGGGCAGGCACCACGACACGCUAACCUAUCCAAUUAACUUUCCAUAUUAGAGACAGCAUGAAAGGGUUAAGGUAGAGCAUUAGCGAGCUCUACAAUAAUUCUGUCAUUGUUAUACAAAAGAGGUAGAGUAUAUUCGGUGGUUUGAUGUUUGCGAAGGCCAAGUUAAUCAUCAGGGAGUACCUUGUGCUUGAUUGAGUUGUUUUAAAAUUUUAGAAAAAGCAGGAAGUACAGAGACAGAUCUAUAGUAUUAAAGAUAGUAGCGAUGGAACACACAAAACGGGGUAAAUGUAAUCAGCCAGGCCGAGGCCAGAAUUGGCAAAAAAAUUACAAAACUGCUGAACAAUAUGGCUUGGAUUCAAAGGUUGGUUUGGAUGGUAAUCUUUUACAUCACGUUUUGCUUUGAGAACCUCGUUGAGUGAUUUGUAUGAGAGUUUUAAGACCAUUUAUUGAGACAAAGACAAGUGAAAAAGCUUUCCAAAUAACCCGCUAUGGUAUGUAAGGCAGACACGUCUUUUUUGAAUUAUAACCCUUCCGCCAACUUGCCACUUGAAAACGAUCAUCGCCUUUCAUUGAAUACCAACGUAUCCGUUUCUGUUUCUUAUCUGUCUGCAAUGCUCAUAUUUUGAACGGUGUAGUCAUUCGCAAACUCACUUUAGCUAUAGUUAUUUAUUUAAUUAGUUUGGUCAGUCUAAUUGCGUUGCGUUCCAAUUACUUACUGCUUGUAUGCAAAUAAUAUUUUUGUUCGUCUUUUGGUAAUUUCAAGUAAUUUAUCUCCGUCUGGAUUUUCAUUUUUUAAAUUUUUUAUUCAUUUAUCUAUUAGAUAUACUGCAUUCCUCAAGAACUCCAACCACAAGUUUCCCGAAAAAAAUUCCCGAGAAAAGCGAAUUUAAAAAAAAAAAUAUAUAUAUAUAUUCAACUAUGAAACAAAUCUUGACGCAAAUUGCAAUGAUUAUCUCAACUUUGCUACAAAGUACUUUGUGAUAAUUGUGCACGGUCACGAUUAUCCUCGAAUAUCACUCUAUAUAUGUUCUUGCGUGAACGAUAUCGCCGCGGCCGAAGUAUUGGCGCUACUUCGGAAUAACAGUGCAAUCAUUAUUUUGUUAACUGUUUGAGUAAUGUGUCCCUUUCUUCUUUAAAGCUUCCUGACUGAUGCCUGAAAAGUCAUAUUUGCAAGAGGGAAACAUCAAAUGCCCAAUCUUUAAAGUAAUUCUGAGUUGCAAGAUUCGAGAAAUAUUGCAAUUUGCUGCAGAAUGUUAUUCCAAAUUACACACUUCAUAUUACAAAACGUAGCUCGCAUUUAUGACAAAGUGCUGCGAUACCUAUUAUGAAAUACGUACGUUAUUACAAAGUGCCGCAACCGUUUUUCCAAAAUGUGUUGGUUAUAACAAAAUGCGUCGUUAUAACAACAUUCCGCAUAACACUUCCGAGCUGGUUACACCCUUUCGUGAUUUCAUCUCUCCUAACCACCCUGUGCAUUGCGCUGCAAACUAGCUUUUUCCUCGAUUGUUUCUUGCUGCAACAGCCUGCAGGUAGUUGUAAAGGAGAGCCACAAUGCUACACCAGAGACACUAUGUAAUUCUUAGCUCAGCCAAAAAAAAAUUACUUCUAAUUCUUAUCUUCCUCACUGGUUUUGAUAUUUCGAAGAAUAGCGCGACCGCUCGAAAGUCGUCUUUCAAUUUUUCUAAAUUUUGACGUUGCCCGUUAGCAAUCUAAAAACAACUCAGCAAUAUGACCUCAAGUUACGAGUCACCUGACCUCGGAGACAUUAGAAAGUUUUCAUUUGCUUUACAAACGGACUUAUAAUAAAAAUAUUAAUAAUAAUAAUAGUAAUAAUUUUAUUUAUCCUGAUUAAAGACUUAAGUGAUGCUCCCGUGUAAAUUCGGUUCGAAAGGCCUCAAUGAGUCCGUAAUACGUCCAUUUUCCUCUGUAUUAUUUACAAUUGUUUACACGACUCCAAGUAUGCUCCCGCGAGUACAUUUGAGCACAGGUGGCCCAAGCUCCAGCUGUAAGAUGAUUAUCUUGGUAAAAAGCGUCAUGGCGAGAUAUUUAAGACCGCUCUUCAAAGUACGAAUACCGUCAAAUUCUCGAUGAAAAUUAUCUCACCUUUCUUCCACAGUGCAUCGCUUAUUAUCUGACUUCUUAAUUUGUUGAGAAUGUGUACUGGUAUAUCUCUGUUGGUUUGAGGUGGGUCCUCAUGUCGAGAAUGGACUCCCUGUUGAACUUUUACCCUCGUAAAUGGUGCUGUCUACGAAUAUAGCUUCUGAAACAGAUAUUUCAGCCAUGAAAUGGGAUUAUUGGGUGGUGUUUAUUUGUUUGUUCAAUGAACUGGUUGACGACGUGUCUGUUUGUAUGCGAGAGAGAGCUAAUGACGUCGAUGUAGCGUUUUCAAACGAACGGUAUUGUUAGCGCCUUUAUCUAGGAUUUUUUUAUUUCGACUUCAGCUAUGAAGAUAUUUCCAUAAGCUAUUGCCAUUUUGGAGCUCAUGGCGGUCCUGUGAGUCUGCAAGUAAUUUUUUUUCCUUGAAUUGGGGUGAGAUUUCCUGCAAAUUAGUCUAAAUGCUCUUUCUAAUAAGUGCUUUUGAAUAUCGGUGGAUGGGGGGUGGGGUGGGGGUUAUUUGUAUAUUUGUAUCUUCAAGAUAUGACUUCUGUUGUUAUGCGAUCGUUUGAAGAAAUUUAUCCAUGUAUGUAACGUAACAGUAUAGCUUUUCUGUUAGUCCUUCCGUACGUUGAGUUUUGUGUCUCACUCAUAAAGACCGCAUACACACCAGGAAACAACCGCUAUUUAGGCCGGCUAACUAUGCGUUUAGCAAGCCUUUACCUUUCUCCUUAAUGAGAGUAAAUCAUCAUUAUUGUAGAGGCUAUAAUUUUUCCAAUAGUUGGCGGUGAACUAAAGCAGGAUGGCGGGAUGGAAUGAAAAAUUAGGGCGGGAUGCGGGAUUCACCGUGCUUUAUAGCGCAGAAUGCCAGCAAUUGUAUAAGUAAUAAUAUUCUAAGCCUUUGUUUCUUAGGUUUGCCUUAACAAAUCAAUGGACUAAAACAACAUUUCCUGCGGAGGAAAGCGCAUAAAGACUUUGGCCAAUUAAAGCUCUCUACAUUACGUUUCGCCUUAAAUGUUACAGAUCUAUCGUGAUCUACAAUCUGGAAGUAAAUUCCCCCGAGGACAAAAGGUGUUCAGCGUAGUGCCAUCUUCUCGGUUAACCGAUGGAUAGUGAGUUAAAACGUAGGAGGUGAGAUACACAACGACCAAAAUAUUUCCAUCCCAAAAAUCCGGUUGUUGUAUACGACGGCUUACAGUAAAGUACUCAAAUAUUGAUCUUCUAAUUUAAUGAUAGGAGUGAAUUUCCAUUUCAGCGAAAUAUAGACCUUGCCAUGAGCUCCAAAGGCUAUCUAUCCAUCGGUACUAAGAGUGUUCAUGGAGGAGUCCAUAAAAUUCUAGAAAAAAUUAAUUUUCAAAUCAGCACUCUUAAUCUCCACGGUAUCAACAAACGCUUUUCACCAAUACUAUAGCUUGAUUUUUUUCUGUAUAUAAACCAUACGCAACCUACAAUUCCUCUAUUCACUCUUAUGAAGAAGUUAAAAAAACUCUUUGACCAAUUUUCAUGAUCAGCUCAGUUGACAAAAUCAAAUUAUUCGGCUGCUGAUCACUUUGUUUUGAAAAAGAAAAAAGACAUGAUUUCUACCCUUCUCAUAGGCAUAGGCCUAAGAAUUAAUCAUCACACUUGAUUAGAAAUGGAUUGUCGAAGUGUCAGUCUAUGAAUUGAAGUUAAAUUUUGCCAAAUCUCUCAUUGUUCACAAUUUCAAUCUUCAAACAUAACUGCGAUGUUAUUCUCCUGUGGGGAUACUUUUCAGAGUUUCGUAUGAUUGGUGUUGAAUCUUACAUGUCUCAAAUAGGACGCGUCGAAAACUUUGCCUCGUCACUCGCCCGCUCGGGCGGUUUCUCUCUCCGUCCAUAAUGUACGCAGUGUACUCGCCGUGUUGCUAGAUUAAACCACACAAAUAGAUAAGUAACGUAUUUUAGUUGAAAUACAAACUGGUGGAUGAAGAAACACGGCUUUUUGUGUGCCAAUAGCGCGGCUGCCCACUACUCAACUGAAGGUGAUCACUCAUCUCGACAACAUAUGUGGCUUGGUGUCCCAUAGGAGGCAGUAGCCACAACAACUCGGUAAUUUGCAAAAAGAAGCAAAACUACGAGGCACGAUUCACAAACGGCUGCUAUCCACCUGGUUAACUUAGUGCCUUCUUUUGUAGCUCUUAAUGGUUAAUUUUCAAUUAAAAGGAGUUUUGGAAGGACGCACAGAACAGGACAUGUGCUAAGUAAAUAGUCCGGAAACUGCUGAGUUGUGAAGUAUUUAUGAUUUCAGGUACCUGAAAAGUAAGUGACGAGAGUCUUUGAUGCCGCUCGACAUGCGUGGUACGCUCAACAGUUAGUUCACCAUGAACCAUACACCAACGAAACUAAACAGGAUUUCAAUUUUUGGCUUCCAUAGUCAAAUCCUUAGAUCAUUUGGAGACAAUUUCCGAAAGUCACGGUUACUCUUUAAACUUUUCUAAUACUGGCAUCAGAAUGAACGCUGGGACUGGACAAUCCUGUACCUCUUAAUAGAAAGAAAAAUUGAUAGCUAUUUUCUACGGGUCUCCUCAGAAAUAAACAUUCAAGAUAAAAAUCGUAGAAUUUUCUCGGAGUCAAUAUGCAAAUUUGUCGGGGUUACUAGAAAAUCGUGUGCUAUCACAAGUUCUCAGUAAAAAAAAUGCAAAGUAGAUUGACCGUUCAGAACCAAAAAACGAACGGAUUUCUUGAAUUUAGGAGACCCAAGCGAUAGGUUCACUAUGCUGGAAUAAUUGUUCAUAUGACUCCAAGGUCAUAAAAUCAUGUAGGGUUGUUUUGAAAAUUCUGAAAGUCGAAUAAUUUAAAGACAAAAUAUUCGAUUGAACAAUCCCUUUAGGACAUAUCAUUACUUAAAUUGCUUAUGAUGCGAAAUCUAUUUUUCGUGUAUUAAUUUAGCUUAUGUUCAAACCGAUUCCGAUUGAAGAAAAAUUUCCAAAAAAUUAAAACUCUUUUUUUCUAGCCCAAACGUGCUCUUAUUUUGUCUUAAGUAUCCCGUAGACUGGAAACGAGUUAGCGGGUGACACUGGCAAAUCUCUCACAUCUCAUGUAAUUUUGUUUUAGUAAGUGUUGACGUAUUCUUGAAAUAAUGUCCGAUAGCGAUGCAGAGCAAUAUUCAGCAAGCUCUACCGAGAGUUUUGAUACAUCGCACUUAAGUAGUAAAGAAGAAAUGGAAAUUGCGAGUAACGCUUCAGCCCGACGAAGGAGAACCGAGUGUAUCAAACAUUGAUUUCGAUGAAGACUGACGAAGGCGGUUUCUCGCCUGCAGUGUUCGGGUCAAGAUUAGCACAAAAAAACUCCUGUUACUGUUGCGUUUGUGUUUUGUUUUCUGGGUCGAGAUCGAUGUUAAGAAUGGGUAGCUAUAUUCAUUUCUGUUGCCAUAACAUAUUAUUCUUUCGCACUAAGUGCGGCGAAGGUUCGCCUUGAUCAGUGCAUUAGAAUUUCAUUGUUGAAGACUAAUCCUCUAAGCAAACCGAUAGCCAACUUUUGAAGGCAGCAUCGAAAGAAUCAGCUGUAUCACGAGGCACGAUGAUUUUUCACUGAGAAGUCAUCGGACAGUAUUGCUGCAAAUUGCUCCUUUCUUUAAAGAUGCAAAUACAGAGGCUAUUGUCGUCGAGCCGAUCAAAGCGAAAAUGAUGGAGUUUAUAGUCACCUGAAUUAAGUUUACCUCAAAAAGGGAUUUCAAAAACUUUGGUUUAAGGGUAGCAUUGCUAAAUGACGCAUUUCGUUAUUAGCAAAUAACUAACAUCAUGGUCAGUGUUGUACACAUUUAUUUCGUGUGCAUCGCGCAACACUUGGAUUCGCGAUCCAUCUGAUUCAAUAAUAUUUGUGUUUCACAAUUUAUCUUGUUGCAGUGCUGUUAUCACAAUGGCUUAUGUUCUAGAAGAAAAAAUUCAUUGAAUCACUACAAAAACAAACAAUGGGCGUAAUAUUCAAUGCAAAAAUUCUCAGUUAUUGACUUUGUCCUAACCGACAGAAGAAAUCUUUCAGAUACGCAGCCAAAAGCGGCCUGUGGCAAAUUUUCCGGUUGACGACUUUCGUUCUCAGCCGCGAGAAAUGCCAUUAUCAAAGUCAUUGGAUACGUAACUUUCCAUUUUGGUUUUCUUUCUCUCCUAUGAAAGUUUGAACGUCGCUGUAUAUAAGCGAUAGGGAUUUUUCAGUGUUUUAGCGCCCAUAAUCCGAGAAAAUUUCGACAAACAACUCUGAUGAAUUUAGAAUGGAGAAGGCUUGGCCUUCAUUCGUCAACUUGACCGAGAGGCGCAACAGCUGAUUGACGAUACUAAAUGUGUGUUGUUACGGCUGUUAUCAGCUAAAAAUCCUUGUAUAACACUGUAGUUUAUGUGAUAAAUAACAAGAAGAAGCUCGAUAUUCUACGCUUGCGAAAUGUCAGCCGAAAAGAACUUCCGAAUGUGGAAAAAUUAUUUCCGGUGUGGGAAGAGGCCUUUCCAUGACGUGACCAGUUGUAUGUAUUCGUAACAGCCUUCUUCGAAGCCGGGACGUAGCGUAAGGCCGACGACUUUAAAGAGUAAAACUCCUCGGUAGCAUGAACAAUAAUAUUCUAAGCCUUUCUUUCUUAGCUGUGCCUUGAUAAGUUUAUGGGCUGAAAUAAGCCUUGGGUUAACGUCAACUGUGACCAACCAAAGCUCUCUAAAUUACGUUUCGUCUAAAAUGUUCGAGAUCUAUAAUCUGGAAGUAAAUGUUCCGAGAACGAUAGGCAUUCAGCGCGAUGCCUUCGUAGCGAUCAACCUAUGAAAAGUAUGUUGAAACAAAGCAAGAUACCUUACGACCAAAAUAUUUUCAUCCUACAAAUUGCAUACGACGGUAUCUUAUGAAGAACGCAAAUGUUGAUCUUUUAACUUACUGAUAAGAGUGAAUUUCCGGCGGCCAAAUAUAGACCAUGCAUUAGGUUCAAAAGGCUAUCGACUCAUCGGUAUUAAGCGUGUAUAUGUGGGAAUCCGCAAAUUCUAGAACAAAAAUUUAUCUUUUAAAGCGGCACUGUAAAUCCCCGCUGGUCUAAACAAGUUGGCCUUCAUCCUUGCUAUUGUGAGACCCGAGGCAUAUCGCCAAGGGAAUUUGUGGGGAGUGCUGUCGCGUACUCUGGAAAUUCUGAUCGGGUCUUUGAAGAAGAUACUUAUCGGAAGCCGUGCUGUAAGUUUCUCUCCUAUGUGGUAUGGAUAUUUGAUUAAUUCUAACACAAGAUAGGGCUGUCACGUCUACACAACUAAUAUGUCUCUUUAGAUGAUUGUUAGAGGGUUUCGUGCACGGUAAAAUGAGACUCGGAGGCCAACUCUUUUUUCAGUUUUUAUCUAAAGCCUUACUUAAAAGCUAACUUCAGGCACUAUUUUUAACAUGAGAUUGAUAGUAUUGAAAAUUUCGGGUGACCCAAAAUAUUGUAGAAUAGUUGAUAAACUCUCUAAAUACUGAGGUCCUUUAGGAAAAAUAACAAGAAUUAUUAAAUGUUGCAACUGUCGACGGAUUCUCCAUACUUACGUUCAGUAGUUCCUGAACUAGCUCUUUACGGAGGCCAAUUCACAUUAUCAGGUUAUUUGAUAAAACUAAAUUAUCUUGUUAUAAACCCCCACCAUCGCAGCACCACAGUUUCUUUAGGAACUUAUCCCUUUAUUUAUCAUUCUAUAACUAGCUAUUUUGCACAUGAUGUUUGCUAUCAUGAAUCGAAGUUAUUUCUCAGAAAAAUUUGAAAUGACAGAGAAUGUUGAUAAUAAUGUUGUGAAACAUUUAGUUACUUCAGUUAGUUAGUUAGUCAGUUCAGUAAGUUUUAAUCUUCCAUUUAUAUUUUGAAUGCAGUUACUGUGUCAAUUCGAAUUCCGAAGUUAUUUAGGUUUGAAGCUGUCAUAAUGAACUUCCGAAUUGUGACUGCCUCGCCUAACUCCUAAGUAGAUGAGCUUAGUACGUAUGUCUAAUGACCUUGCUUUAGGCCCAGUGUUCUAUCGACAAAUGUUUAAUCUCCCAAGGUCAGCCAGCUAUCAUGCCCACCUAUAUCAAACAAAUAGAGAAGCCUUGACUAUACUCUAUUCUGUUGUAAAGCACUGAGAAGACGGCUAGAGAACGAAAAAAGUGUGGGGAGGAACAUUCGACUACGUCUCAUGUUUCUCUCCACUUUUUGAGUGCUCUAACCACUUCCCAAGUGCUUUACAACAGAACAGAGCACACUCAAGGCUUCUCUUUUUGUUUUAUACUAAAAAAAUCCGUUAAACUCCCAACGCAUUACUUUCAAACAAACCCUAGUUCAAAGCGAAAAACAUUGUCGUCAGCAUGCUCUAUACCGACUCUCUUAAAGCACGCUACAAUGAGCCAAUCAGAAAACUUGUUACAAUGGCUCAAAUAAUCUGAUUGGUUGAACAAGACUUUUAAGUCUUUAUUCUUUUAUUCUUUAUUCUUUUAAGUCUUUUUAAGCCUGAUAUUUUUAACAUUUUUGACAGCUUAAAAGCUGUCAAAAAUGUUAAAAAUAUCAUUUGAAAUCUAUAAAAAGAAUUAAGCUGACAGACAGCAUCCAUGAAUAAACGUAAAUCGUUCAGUUUUUAACAAUCACGAGGUCUAAAAAUAAACAAAACAACAAAUACACAAUUUUCUUCUUUUUUUGUGGUUUACCCUCACAGAACCUUUAGAGUGCAUUAGUUUGAAUUUCCAAAUGUUUCCUGUUUUUGUGAACUCCGGCUAAAUUGUGGCUCAUAAAAACACGCAAGUUUUUUACAUGACAAUUAGAAAACAAACUGCUCAAGGCUUGCGUUUUAUGAAGGAACGACAGCCGAAUACACAGGAAAAUGAAGAUUGCUCUGGAUGACAAGGCCUUAAAAUUCGGCUGCUGUGACUGAUGUGGCCUUCCACUCAACGUAUGGGAAAGGAUAUCAGAGCAAGCUCUUAGUUGCUCACUGGAAGGGCGCCCGAUAUAACUUCUGAGGCUUCAUUCUCUGCGAUGACCGGAGUUCGCCAUGAUGAGCUAGCCGCGAUGGACCUUAGCAUGAUCGCAGUCGCUCUAACACCUUCAUGAUUUGUAUUAAUUUUAACGGUCAUGCCAUUUUGGUUAUAAUUUUCAUCAUUCCUGUUUUGUUGUGUUUGGUUUUUGAACACGAAACCAUACAUACUGUGCGAAUGUUAGUUGUGUUUGAUUUUUAUUGCCGUAAGAAAGCUUGCAAUCCAACUGGGCGUGAAAACCUUUAAAACUUGGACAGUCCAUCUCAUUUUCUUUGAGGAUUGAUUUUCAGUGCUCACGUUAUAAUAACGUCAAUUACGGCGUUUUGCAUGUUGAUAAAUCUUUGCUUGGUUCUUCGGUUCCUGCUCGCCGGCUCGCUUGUUCCGAAAUUUCUCUUUCAAUUUACGAAAGAAAGGUGGUUUGUUGUCUGACAGAGCACGCUCUUUCAACCGAUGACAGCGCGCAUUAUAUCUAAACUAUUUUAUAGCCACUAAAAGCGAAUAUAUAAGCAUGUCCUUUAAAGCUUACUCAGAAGAGAGAAAUCGAAACUAGCAGAAUGUAGACAGUGUGCAGAAGUGUAGAGACAGAAUUCCGUAGUUGAAGUUAGUGUUUAGCAGUACAUGAAAAGUCUGUGAGAAGUAUUCUGUGAGAAUCAAAGUGUGAGAGCCCACGAGAUUCACCAGAGUUACACAGAAUGAUAACUAGUCCUGACAUUUGAUAGGGUAAUAACAUCAAUUGAUUAAGAUGCAUUUAUUUAGUAAUAAAUUCGAUAUUGAAAGAAUAGAGAGGAGUGAAUCAUGUGAAAUCAUUUGAAUGCUAAUUUUCCUUCGAUGAUUCUGCAUCACCUUCUUUGAGAAAAAACCUAAAAAUAUCAUUUAAAAUCUAUAAAAAGAACUAGGUUGACAGACCGUUAAGUCUUUAACGAUCAUGAGGUCUAAUCUCAACACAAUUUUCUUCUUUUUUUGUGGGUUACCCUCACAGAACUUUGUAUGGUGCAUUAAUUUGCAUUUCCAUGCGUCAGAAAUAAAAAUAAGAAUAAUAAUGACAAGCAAGUGAUCCAUGAAUACGCCCUCGCUGUUACGAAGCGAAAUGAUCGUCAUUGAUUGUCUUCACAACUUGUUACAUGGGUAAUAUUUGGCUCAAACGGGAUGAACGCCUGUGUUAUGAAUUGAAAUUAUUGUACCAUCCCCUUUCUUAAAGUAGGUUUCAUGUAGGUGCAUAUUUCCGGAGAACCUUGUCGUUCAAUGUAGUAUAGACUGGAACUUUCUUCCACUCUCGAACUUUGUUAUCGUGACGUCAUGAUAGUAUAUAAAACUUGAUCAGGAACAAUUAGUUGAGUACAUAUUUGGAUAUUAUCCUGAGAACUAAAGCCGCAAAUAUUGGUAAGUAAAUUCAUUUUAUCGUGUUACGUUUUUAAGUACGUCGAAUCAGUUCUCUUUUUGUGAUUUAUUUUUAGUUGACCUUUGCUUUAUAUAGAACAUAAGUGAAUAAUGUCAAUGAGUGCGACGGGUGCUUAUCAUAAACGCCCGUUGUGGCACUCGUUUAUUUUAUAAAACUCAACUCAAAUUGAGUAUAUCCAAAUCAAUCACAACCUCUGUAGCUUCAGAAUGACACCCUUUUUAUUUUGUAAACUAUGCAUACUUAUGUACGUGAAAAAAGAAUUCUCUUGAAUAUUAUUGUAUCACCUACAUUAAGAAAACAGAGAAAUCCAACUGAAAAGUCUAUCGACUUCAAUGAUGCUCAUUCGGUCGUUUCGUUUUGGUCGUUAAGUUCGUUUCAUUACGAUCGUCUCGCUUUGGUCGUUUUGGUGGUUUCGGUUGUUUUGUUUUGGUGGUUUCGGUUGUUUCGUUUUGCUGUUCAGGUUUCAGUGCAUGCUGUGAUCGGUCAUACAUGUCCAAUACGCUCAAACCGUUACAAUUCGGUCGUUGACGAAUCGACACACUGUUAACACACCGGAAGUGGGGGUGGUAAGCAAUGUGUGAAAAUGAGUAGCAUCGUAUAACAAAAGACGAAUCGUGCGUUAACAUACCGGAAGUCGAGGGGCGUGAGCAACGAUAUGAAAAUGAGUAGCAUGAAAAGAAAAAAUGACAACAUGAACCUUCCACGUUCUUAAUGCGUGAAACGGCCGGACGUUCAUUGUCAGAAUAUCCUAAAUAUUAAAAUGAACCUUCUUCCUUCCUGAAGCGUUAAACAGGGCGUACAAAAAAAAGGCUACUUUAAAGUUUGUUGAUUCUCAGAUUUCCUAAAUUUGGAAGACAGACAAACACCCAGUAAGUGAUUAGCACGCAGACAUAAAUCUUCGUUUUUCCCCUUUAUAGCUGUCGAGUGCGUUACGAGCUGAAGUAAGUAUGUUGUCAUGACAAACAUCACCAGCAGCGCAGACACCAUGGGGGCCAAUUUACAUGAAAAACUCAAUUAUUAAAACCAAAUUAUCUUUUUAUACUCUCCCACCGUCUCAGCACCACAGUUUCUUUAGAAAUUUACCCCUUUUAUUUGGAAUAAUAAGCGGAAUUAUGUUAGGGAUAGUUGCUUCUUAAUUGCGUAGUUAUCUCAUUACGUAUAAUUUCACAACGGUAAUUUAAAAAAAAAAAUGAUAACGAGAUUUGAUCAUUGUUUUUCGCUUUUUGGCCAUCGAUUUAUAAAGCACGCAGAUAGAUUGGAGAGCACGAAAGAUGCGAAAGAGUUGCCGAGACUCAGCCGAGAGCUUCUGUAUAACUUCUUAAACUUUCCUAGUAAAUGUAUUUCGAUGAGUGCUCAGCUAUUGUUUCAUAACGUCUUAAACACAGUUGUUUGGAUGAUGAUUUUUCACAACUCAGAUUUUUGAGAAAUAUUUGUCAAAAUAUUUGCAUAGCAACUAAUCUAUGAAGGAACAGAAAAAAUAUCCUUGAGGAUCAGACCUAAGUCAAUAUGAAUAUAUUCGGUUUUACCAGAUAAAAACAUGGUAAUCAGAAACUCUAUCAAAAAGCAAGGCAUAAAAUUACAAAGACUGAAAUAUUUCGAGAUAAGAGCUUUAUUCAAAGAAAAACUAAAUUUUUUCUAUCUAUAAGUGAGAAACGUCAUAAUUAUUUGUGUGAAGCAAACCCACGCAAGCGAGUCAUUACCAUCCGCUUUAAUUGUUGCUUAGUAAAAUUUACGGCCAAAAUUUUGAAGUUUACUGGGUUUAACCAGAACCUCCUGAUGAGCAAUACUUUAAGGACAAACCGAUUUUCAAAAAUGACAUUUACCGUUCCAAAGAAUAGCCCGAAAGUGGCGAAGCCUCAUUCGAAGUUUCUAGUGCCAGUCUGAUUCGUAUCGAUUUUAUGAAUUGAAGUAUGAUAAGAUCGAGAUAAUAAUUUUUACUUUUAAGGCAUGAAUGUCUGUCCCUCUUUUCAAAUCGAGUAUCGUUUACCGUAUUCAAUUUUCAUUUUGAGCUUUUAACAGCCGGGAAGGAACGGAAAACCAUCUUGAAAAUUACAAAACUCGCGGCCAAACUGAACUAGAACUUUGCAAGCAAAAACGGAAAAAUAUUUUUCUCAAGGCACAUUUCGAAUAAUCGUGAAAAUAGAUUCAUAGUUACCGUGCGUGCGUUUGUCGGACACAGGUAAAACAAAAGAGUGUCGUCAGGGGCAUAGCAAGCCUACGGCAAAAUUAGAAAGGAAAGACGCACGUUUACGUAAUUGAAUUUUAUUACAUCAAUGUAUCCGUAAGAACAUGAGAUUAAACUUCAUGACAGGGUAGAUAUCUUAAUAAAUAAAAUUCUGCGGCGUCCUACGUUCCGAAAUUAUUUAUUUUCCAACGAAUUAAUUGAAUACAAAUCAAAAUACGCAACACUUGCGUGCCAAGGACGAUUUAUGCUUUGAGAAAUUCGGGGGCAAGAAGGAAGUCUUAAAUCACGUAGCGGUGUGUUAUAAAAGUGCCUUGUGUGAAGGGAAGUCACUUUAAAUUAGCGAGAACGCUCGCUCGCCAAUCCGCCAGCAUUCAGCAACCGUUCUGCUCCUGUACUCUUUGAGCACGUCAUCACAAAGUAAGAUUUCAUUAGUUUGCUGUUUGUUAUUAAUCAUGGUGAGGUAAACUUUGCGGAUAGAAGAGGGGAUGGCAAAAUUAUACCUACCCAAGGUUCUACCUCCGGUCAAAUUAACGCACGAACUAUAGAUUAGAAAUCAUUAUUUAUCAAACAAGAGGUUUUUCAACUUUUCUGAUUGACGUUUUGAGAUUAAAGGCGCUCGAAACGAAUUAGCGAUUAUUCCAGUGGCCGCUUACUCCAGAAAUUUGGCUGCUUAAUAAAUCUUAUUAAGCCUUAAGGCAAAAUUUCGUUCUACUAAAAUUUUAUCUUAUUAAUGUUAGCUCAUUUAAUGGAGUAGAUUCUGAAUACGAAUCUCCUGGUUCCAUCGAUUGUUACAGAUGGAAGCGCCGAGAUAUUUUGCCAUGCUUUAUUUCACCGGAAAUUAAAGACACAGACGAAAAAGAUGAACAAAAAUUUGAACUUCUUCGCAUUAACCAACAUUAAAAGUUGAACGUGGCAGCGUUUAAAUGGCGACAGUCCAUAACAAAUCACUUGAUUUGAAUUAAAUUUGGGCGAUCUAGUCCUGAAAUUGAUUUGGAAAAAAAAUUAAAUGAUGGAAGAAAAAUUUUGAUUCGAAAAGAAUAGAAUCUGUCUAGAGAAUAACAACGAAGUAGAGCGGAUAAGGAAAAAGGAGGGUUGAAAAUAAUCCCUGACGAUCGUAAAGGUCACUCAAUCGAAUAAAGGUUAAUUCGGGCAAUCUAACUCCGCUAAAUCAUUUUUUUUUUCAAUUAAAUAGGACCACGAAGGAAGUUAUUACCAAUAAAAUGUUGCUGCCGUUCUCCUACGAGAAAUUAUGAUCUCAUCGUCAUAAAUACACCCAUCAAUUUUCAGCAUGCUCUUAAAGUAGUGAACGGUCUAAUAUAAUUCUUUAUUUAAUUUUAUGUUACGUCGGAGACUUACAAAUGUCUUCCAAACCUUUCUGCUAAUCAUAGUUGAAGAAAUUCACUCUAAAAAGCACUUUGAAUUAUAUUUUGCAAAAUUUGAUCAGCCACGUAGAACCAUAUCCGUCUUAAAAUGCAAAAAAAAAAAAAUGUUACAUUAUUAUUAUUAAUUCAACAGUGAUCUAUUUCCUCUUCAUGCAAUAAGACGUUUCAUAUAUUGAAACCUAAAAUUAUGCUAAAAAUAAUUUUUCAAAACCGGUUCUCCUUUAGUUUUGAAAAUCUCAUCCAAAUAUUUAGCCAAGACUUAAGCAGGAAGUGGUAAGAAUUUCACAACAUGAGUCACGUGUAUUUUGAUUAAAAUUGCAAAAUUUAACUAUUUGAGUCUUGGCCUUGAGUGCCUGGUUCAAUUAAACAUGCAGAAAAUGACUUUGGCCAUGUUCAUGCCCCAGCAUUGAUAAUAUUGAUAUCCCUUAACACCUUUUGUAAACCUUGUGCGUUGGCUAAAAAGUGAUCAGUGUCCCUAGGGAGAAGAAAAAGGUCUCUACUCCAGAGUUUUCAAACGGAGGAAGUCUUAAAUUUGAAACUCUUUUACGCCCGCUCCAAUAUAAACUACCACUUACAUAAGAAUAUUAUAAGAUUAAAAAAAAAGAAAUUAAAAAAAACGCCCAGAUAAAAUUGAUCACGUAGCUGUGAGAUUUAAAAACGAUUCGUAACAAACGUGUAGUUACCUUCAGUAAGAUAACCAGUCUGCCCGCCUGCGAUAGCUUCCACUACCUUUUCACCAAGGUAUGACUUCAGUUUGCUCUUUUUUAAACUCUUGACUUCUUACGAGUUUAACUUUUUGUUUGUGCCGCGGAUGGCGUUUGCAUAUCCCCCAUAAACUUUCGCAUAUUCGUCAGAAAGGAAACACAAACAGUGCAUAUUGUCUUUGCAGAUAGAUGAUCAAAAAACAAAUCCGAUUGCCAGAGGCCUUUUUUCUUUUUUUUCAAAAUAUUAAUAAAGAUAUUGGUUAUCGAGUUUUCGAAAAUAGCCGAAAGCGCCCUAUUACAUAUUUCAAAAUCGGAAUAUACAGAGAGAGGAAGUCUGUAUAAAGGGUGUUACCGAACCAAAAUGAAUUUGUAAAACUGAUGUGGGCUAUUAUUUCGAGCGGUAAAAAAUGCAUCACCAUCGCUUUAUUGCAUUUACAGUACAUUUAACUGUAAACUAAUUUAGUAUAAGGUUACUGGCCGCGUAAACAAGGGAAGUUACAGAUCCAGCCGCUAUCUGGUAAGGUAUAAUUUCGUGCAAGUCAAUUUUUUGAAAAAACAACAACAAUGUAAAAAAAAAAAAGAGGUACCAGUGAAAGUUAUAGAAGAUAAACAGCGAGAGACAUAAUUUUGUAAGAGAAAUAGUGGGUUAGGGCCUUUCUGUUCCAGCGAAAAGUUGUUUAUUUAGAAAAAUUUUCAUCAUCGCCAUUUUACAAGUGCAGAUAGUUUGUCGCGACUUGACAAAGUUUGGCUGAAGCGGACAAAUCUUCUAACACACCGCCGACAAAAUUUGUCCUGAGUAAAAACUUGACAAAAUCGAACAAAUCAAGAAAACUGUGAUCAAGUUGUCGAACAUUUGUCGUAAAAGCUACGACAAGCGUGUAAUUGAAUUGAAAUCAGUGUACUAGAGAGGCAAAAAUUGUGCUUUGUUGCAAAACUCGGGGAUUCUAAAAUCCUUUGGCAAACUAUGCUGGCCGGUCUUGCGAACAGAUUAGGAGCUGACGGAAUUUGAGGAAAGAAAGAGAGAAAAUUUUCGAACGAUUAAAACAUCCCUUUUAAGUAAAAGGACAGCAUUUUACUCGGGCAAAGUCUUGUUUUUCUUUGAAUAGUUUUUACGCUUUCAGUGAUCGCGGAAAGAAAAACAAAAAUGUGCAUAUGUAAUUAGGUAAAAACCAAAUUUUCAAACUUUUGAAAAUUUCUCCCGUGAAAUACAACAAUGUGACCUUUAAAUUUUUUCCCGUAUUUAUAUUCAUCUAAGGAAAUGUUAUGGCAAAAUUUAAAAAAAAAAGAUUUUUUGUGAGGUUCAUCGAUUCUCGCAAAAGAAUAAAAACAGCUUAAAAUCUCUCGAUUCUCGAUAUUCUCAGAAAUACGCUCCUAAGUAUCUAGAGGUUUCAUCCUACUGCAUGCUCCCUCCCUAGGAGUUCACAUCUCACUUCAUCUUGUUCACGUUAUCAGAUGGAAUAAGUUCGCCACGAAAAUUGACAACAUUGUCCAAAUUUCCAAAAUCAGGACCCUCCUAGUUAAGGUCUAUACCUAAAAAACUUUGGAAUUUUGACAAGCAUGAAACCUUGAGAAAUAUUAAGCCAUAACAAAUCAAAACAGCCUACUCAAGGUGUUAAUAACACUUGGUUCUUAGGGGUAACAUCUUUCCAAAAAGAUUUCGUUUCACUCCUUCGCUUUCUGCUGGCUUGAGAGUUUGGAUGCUACUGAUAGAUCAGCCUGCAAUGCAGACAUCUUAUUAGUGCGAGUUAACGUUAAGAAACCCACAAUCGUUUAUUCGACGGACCAUAUUUCAUUUAGAGUUGGAGUGAACGGCAGGGGGAGGGUGCGUUCAUUGCCCCAGCCUACCCCUUCCCCUCUCCUUCCUUUUGACCGUCGCCCACACCCUUGGUACAAAUUUGUUUCUCUUUCCAGGACUACACUGCUUUAAAAAUCAUAACCGGAUGGCUGCUAUGAUUUUCACCAAGAUAAUACAGAGCACUCGCCCGCCAAAAUUACGCCUGCUCUGCAGGCUAAUGAUAGAUAUCUCUGUGUAACAGAGUAAAAACAGAAUAAUUGAAAGUUGUUAUUCUAAGUAGUUUUUCAAAUUCCUUUCGAAACACCUUAAAAUAAAUUUAGAGAAGAAUUUGCCUAGAGUGUCAGCUCCUACCCACUCAAAUAAAUCUUUUUCCACUCCGAUUUUCAUCUUUUUUUUUUUUCGAUGGGUCAUCCCAUUUGCAGGCUGCAGGAAACAUCAGAACACAGAGUUUUUAACAUUUCAUGAUGAUGCGCGACUCUUGGUUUAGAAAAGUGGCAAAGUGCCUAUUACUUUUGACCCUUACGGGCGUUUUAUGGAGUCUUCCAUUUGUCAGGAGCGAAACGUGUAAUCCCAACUUAAACAGUAAGUAGUGAAACAUCCUGAUAUGAAAAGCAUUUCUAUCUUUUUUAAACUUUAUUCUUUUUUUAAAUCUUUUUCCCAUCGUUAGAUAAGCUAUAGAUGGAAUUUUCUUUUUUUGUUUUUAAUCUACGAGUAUUCUCUCUUGCACAGUCAGACCCGUUGUCGACAUCUCUGCAAGUCCAGAAAACAGCAGAUUACCCAUUGGUGCCUCCAUUACCCUGACUUGUACAGCGGAGCCCAGAACGAUAGAUGCAGGAUAUCUGGACAGAUGGGUCAAUUACAUUGAGUGGUAUGAUCCACAGGAUAACAAAGUUGGAGCUAAGUGCCAGCAGCCUUCAAACAUGCGUGAAUACAAACGUAAAUUAAGCUGCCCAUUAGUGCUUAAAAAUCUGACAGCUGAAAAAUUUGGCCGCUACACCUGCCAAUCUGGCAAUGGUUACAUAAAACACUGCACAAGGAAAUCAUUUGAAAUAGUGAUUCAAGGUAAGCAAACCAGGCUUAUCAUACCCCUAAUAAACAAUUCUAUGAGCGCGCGUUGGAUAUGAGAUGAUAGAUGGCCAACGAGGCCCGUUGGACUGAGUUGGUUAUAAUCAUCUCAUAUCCAACAAGCGCGAGGGGAAUAAUUGCUUUAUUGAAAACGCCCCAGAAUAUUUAUAUUCUAUUAUAUGUUUUGGUGUGUAGUAUCGCUGAGAAUUUUUACUAGUUGUGACGUAUUUUGACGAGCCUGUAAGGUGAGUCAAAAUACAAACUACGAGAAAAAUGCUCAGCGAUACUACAUACCAAAACGUAUUAUAGGUUAUUUAUCAUCCAACUCAUUUUUUUCAAGUCUUUCUGCUCGUUUCUCAUAAGACGAUUAUCCAAUGAUCCAGUCUUAAAUAAAUUUAAAUAGAUAUCAUAUGUUCUUUACUGCGUGGAUGGAUGCCGAGAUGCUAUGCGAUUGACCUGUCCUAAUGCAUAUUAUGUUACUUGGUACAGUCGAACCUGUAUUAAACGGCCACUCACUGGGAAUAGUUGACCUCUUAAUACAGGUUCCACAGAUAAGAGGUAUUAUAAAAAAACAAAACAAACAAACAUAAACCAAAACAGCAUAUACACAACGUCACUAACGCCACUUUUAUAACUGACCACUUUAUGCCCAUAAUCUCGCCAAAAAAUACUUUUUACUGCAACGAUUGGGAGAGAAGGAUGCAUAAAAAGAUGUCUGAAGGAUUGUUCUUAUUUUUUUUUCUAUUCGAGUGGUUUUGGGCUGUAAGUGGCCGUUCAAAACAGGUGGAGAGCAAUACCGAGAGGCCGUUGGGACUUACUAAAGGUCGACUGCGACCGCUAAGUUGAGGCAACCGCUUAAUAGAGGUGCAAAUUACAGUGAUUAAGGGGAGACAAAUUCGGGACUUAGACAACUGACAAACACUAAUGCGAUCGACUGCUCAAUACAGGGUGAUCGCUGAAUACGGUGCCGCUGAGUACAGGUUCGAUUGUAUAAGGAACUGAUUCUUAGCAAAACGAUGAGAUUCAGUAGCAAAAAAAAAACCAUACAUAUUCUUCGCAAGAUGAGUGAAGAAUUAUUUUGUGAAACAAAAUAAACGAAUGAUAACUAUAAGAAUGAAAAAUAAGGGGCUCACACUCCGUCAAGGGAGGGUUGACUUGAAAUAGUUCCUUCUGAAUACCUUCUGAAUGUAAUUCAUCUUCUUGUGUGACACAAAAGUGUGAUAAUGAAAAUGUCUUCUUCUUCCACCGACAUAUUCUUAAUACAAUUUAAUUAGCUUCAUACCAGUAAUAACAGGAGAUAUUUACUGCAAUGUACCUUUUCCCUACAGGCCAUGGGCCAGAGUUACUAGGAGUUCCCCAGAACCAAAGCGCCGAUGUAGGGGCCAAUGUAACUUUCAGCUGCACUGCCACAGGUCUUCCUGCGCCAAGCAUCUCAUGGAUCAAAAACAAUGAUUCAUUUGCUUUACAAUCCAACCCAAGGGUGACAUUCAAUAACAAUCCACUGGACGACAAAACCAUGCAAAGCCAGUUGUUUAUCACAGGAGUGAAGAAAGAAGAUUUUGGCGAAUAUCAAUGUGAGGCAAAAAACAGUGGUGGUCAAAAUUUGUCAUUGCCAGCUUUCUUAACCUCGAAAGGUCCAGGUGAGACAUGCAUAUACAUCGGGGUUUGUUUUCCUUUUAAUUUUUAAGUUGAAAACUUAGACUAUUUCAUCCUUAUCUUUACCUCAUAGCGCCACUUGUGUCCAACCAAAUAUUUCGAUUAAUUUGCAGGUGCCCAAAUACCUGAGAUUGUUGAGGGUCCAAAGAACCAAAGUGUCUCGAUCGGUUCCAAUGCUAUUUUCAACUGCACUGCUAAGGGUUUUCCGAGGCCAAGCAUCCAUUGGAUAAAGGACAAUACUUCAUAUCCUAUAGAGUCCAACCCCAGAGCAAGUGUCAUUCAGGACGACAACAACAUUCGAAGCCAGCUCUUAAUAACAGGAGUACAGAAGGACGAUUAUGGAAAAUAUCAGUGCAUUGCCAAAAACAGCGCUGGUGGAAAAGAAUCAGGAGUGGUUUUCUUAAUUCAAAGGAACUUUGGUCAGAUUGAUAUACUUCAUGAAUGUUGAGACUUGUUUUAGGCCUAAUUUCAGUUAUGUGUGUAGGUACUAAGAAAAAAAGAAAAAAGAAAACAGAAAAGAACUAUUCAAAAAAUUAAUCUCUAUGAGAAGGGCAUUAUUUCUCAAAUAAAGCAACUAAAUUUGGCUCAUUCUUAAGCGCUUAUUGCUUCUGAAGUCUCUUAGAAACAAGAAUUAUGAUUACUUCUCAGGUUGCUGUAACAAAACUUGAGUAAAUUCAAAAGGAGCAGUAUGACAUUUAACCCUCUUCCUUUAAUUACCUUCGCAAAUCACCUAUCAACAUAAUAUUCAUUUCUUCUUACCUUUGCAAUAAUGUUUGUAUAUUUUUCUUUUAUAAUUACAGAAAUGCCGGAGAUAGUUGAAGAUCCAAAAAGCCAAACCUAUUCGAUUGGUUCCAACCAUUUUUUCAGCUGCACCGCCACUGGUCUUCCCAGGCCAAACAUAAUAUGGAUCAAGAACAAUGAUCCAAAUGUUACGAAAACCAAUCCAAGGUUGGAAAUUGUUUUAUUUUUAAAUGACACAAAAUUCCACAGCGUGCUGCUGAUAAAAGAGGCGACGGAGGAGGAUGCAGGCACAUAUCAAUGCUUUGCAAAGAACAGCGCAGGAGAGAAGAAGUCAAAUGCGGCUACUUUACAUAUAAAAGAAGGCAAGUUAUCGCAAUCAAAGGAAAAAUUCAUAGUCUCCCCUCAAAAAAUAUUUAUCGAAGUCACCAAAAUUGAAAUGCAGGUCUUAUAAUUGAAACGCAUAAAUUUGCAUUCAAAUUCUUUUACUACGGUUCAGUGCGAUUGAGUCAGCUGUAAGAAUACAGGCCGCGAUUAUGAUUGGUGGAUGGACUACCUUAAUUUUCACGAUUUCGUUGUGUUAUUGGUUGAAAUUAGAUACUCGCAAUCGAAUAAUCCAUCACCCAAGUUUCAAGCUGGGUAUUUCCCAAAAUAUAGGAAGCUGUUUUAAGAGCUUUUCAGUUAGUAUUUGUAAAAAACGGUAAUGGUUACGUGUUAGAAGACUGGAAUUACCAGCUCUUGUUUCAGUGAUUUGAAUACAUUUUGGUUUUCUCGGAAAUUGCAGUGGUUGUAAUUAAUUGGUCGCAGACCGAAUUGAACUCCACACGGCCCUGACAACAUUUAAAUCACUACGAUAGAGAUUGUUGGCCAUUUAGUUUCAAAACUUUGUUAAUUUUUCUCUCUCACAUUAAAUCUGACAGCAAGACUGCAAGAAACCUCAACCCUUCAGAUUUGGAUCCCGGUGACUGUAUCUUUUAUUGCGGCAACUGUGCUUAUCAAUGGUGUUUUGGGGCUUUGGUGGUACAUACGUUGUAAACGUGAUACAAAGGUAAUGCUUCUUUUUUCCUUUUUUGAGUGGAUAAGUGCAAACAGAGGCUUUUGAAAUCGUUGAAGUAUCUUUAAGUUUCUUUGAGGUCUUUGCAGUUCUUUUGAAUGGACUUGAAAGCAUUACGGUAGCCAGAAUACAUUUCCCUUGAAACGAUUACCUCAAAUUCAGAAAAUUAUCUCUUUUCCAUUACUCAUUCGCUUCUUUGAACUUUGAAAACUACUGGAAAGUGUUCUUGGGCGUUAAAAUUGGGUUAAUUUGCCAACAGUGGCUUAACUGUUAAAAUACAAAUGAUUAUGAUAUCAGUCACGCUAGGCCAGAGGCCAGAAGUAGGUUUCGAGGAAGAUAGACAUGAAGAAAAUAAACAAACAAUUCCUAGGUACAUCUCGAGUUCCUCAUUAGUAAUUUUUCCAUUUUUUUUAUUUUUUAUUUUGGAAACGGCAGUCGUUGGGACGAGGGAAAGUCGCAAAGGUCCACAUGAGCAAUGGCAAAUGCGCAACAGUCUUAAUUGCUCAGGAAGCUGAAGAAGCCCCGUCGCUUGAAGACAAGUUGGAGGAAGGGCUGCUGCAGUAUCCAAAGAACAACGGUUUGCAUGACAUGUGAUCCUUAUGAACCGGGUAGAGGUUUCUUUGGGCUUUUGACAUAAUCACAGUUUUCUUUGCAGCCCACAUUAAAUAAUCGCAUAGAAUGCUAGAAGUAAACACUUGACACGAACCCGGACAGGACUACCUACAAUGUUCUCUUUUGGUUAUUUUCUCCUCUUUAUUGUUAUUAUUAUUAUUUUUUUUUAGUUAGCAUCAGC